UUAGUCCAGCUAGAAUAUGGCAGCCAAAAGUGUCCUGCAGAAGAUAGUGAAGGGAGCUGAAUGGAUCAUUAAGGCUUGCUGCUUAACUGCAUUUUAUAUUAUUGGACGUUUACAUUAUUGGAUUCCAGAAGAUUAGACAUUGCUUUGUACUUUGCUCAUUUUUAUUUUUAUUUUUUCCAUUAAAAUGAAAAUAACUCGAUUUAAAAAAAAUAAAAACACUUUUACAGGAUGGGACUUACUGCAGUAAUUUAUCAAUUUCUAUACUUACUUUGGCACAUUUUAUUAGGGUUUUUAAUCCUCCCAAUUUCACUCGAAUAUAUCAGAGUCCAUUCACUGAUUACAUGCAAGACCCUUUGUAUACACCACAUGUUGAAAACCUUGUAUAGAAUCUGCUUUGACAGUGUAUUGACUCCUGGCCAUUAGUAGGGUUCCUUGGUGUGACUCUAUCAUAAAAUUGACAUUAUUAUCUUCUUAUGUUUUCACCCACAUAGGUUAUAGGUAUGCAUUCAACAUGUGUCUAUGCGUUACAAGGUACACUAGGGGAACACUGGAGAGGGAAACCACUCCCCUCAUUCAGUGUUUUUUUUUAUUUUUUAAUACGGGCAUUAGGGAUUCGCGUGUGUCUUCGCUCCGCAUGGCGUACCCGUUGCGCCAAGAAGUCUAAUAGAUAUUUUAAGCAAACAGCAAAGGAUCCCAGCUCAAGCCAUACUUUUCCUGCGUGUGACCUCGAGUAAAUGGGGCCUGCUGCUGGACUUUGAGUCGUGGACCAUAGAGGGCAUGGCUCCACUCUAUGGUGGAGAAGAUGGAUGCCGCCAUGUGGGAAGUAGUAGUAGACGUGUCAUUCUCGCGUUGCAUGAGGGCCCAAGGAAGCGGCCCAGGGUCCUCCCACGCAAACAGGACUCUCAAUAUUAAAUAUUGCUAAUGCAACGUUUCCAUAACAUAUAGUGCAAAACUCGUAUAUGAUUGGCCCCACCCCCUUUUGCCAUGCUCUUUCAUUCAACAGUGUCAUCACUACAGCUCACUUAUGCGCUCAAGCCCCCGCAAUAUCAGCGUCUCCCUGCUAUGGGCGUGCGUAUGCUUCAGCCGACCAAUCAGAAGCCAGGCUUUGCAGAGCAAGGCACCACGAAUGUGAUUCUGGUGAAGACACUAGUUUGCACGGAAAACCUUUACGCACAUAACUCUCAUGGCAUUCCCCCCACUCUCUCUCUCUCUCUUCCAACACCAAUCCACUCUUCCCCUCCUUUUUCUCUUCACUCCUCAUUCUCUGCUGUCUCCACCCCAGAUUCCCGUGCAAUUUUCCCCCAAUCCCCCAAACACUUAAUUGAGCAAUUGGGAUUCCUCACGUGUGGGCUGAUUUGUAGUUUGAACACGUGGCUCAUUCAGAAAAAAGGCCGGAAUAGCGGAGGAUCUUUUUUUUUUUUUUCCGACUCCUCCUGCCCUUUCUUCUUCUUAUUCCAGGCUGUAGACUCAGAGGCGGGCGCCAGCCAGCCAGCCUUACUGUGUGUGACAUUCUCUGUCUCUUUGCCAAAAGGGGUUUUUGGAGGAAGAGACAAAAGUAGUUUCUCCUCCUUUUUUUUUUUUUUUUUCCUCCCCUUGCCCGGCCCGCCAUCGUUUUGGAGCGAGGCGAGAUUAAUAAUUGAGCAUUUAUUUUCUGCGCGACAGUGACAGAGGGGGGGCGAGGGAGCGCAGACGCACUGUGGAGGGGCUGCCAGUUUAAAUCUAUCUGUGGCUCGAACCGACCGGGAAGCACGCCACAGCCGCUCCGUAUAGUAGUAGUAGUAAAAGGGCCAGGGGAGAAGAAGCAAGCAGGGCGAUUCGGGCGCACAUCCGUGAGAGAGAGAGCGAGCAACUGUCUCUUCUUUUCUCCACCUCCCCCCUCCACCUCUCUCCAGCGUAAAGAUUGUCCCGUUUCGGCGUGGAACAUGAAUAAGCUAUACAUCGGCAACGUGAGCGCAGAGGCGAGCGAGGAGGACUUGGAAAGUAUCUUCAAACAGUGGAAGAUUCCGCACAGUGGUCCGUUUCUCGUCAAAACUGGCUAUGCGUUUGUGGAUUGCCCGGACGAGAAGGCGGCGAUGAGGGCCAUCGAUGUUCUUUCAGGUAAAGUUGAACUUCAUGGGAAAGUUCUGGAAGUGGAGCACUCUGUCCCUAAACGUCAAAGGAGCUGUAAGCUGCAGAUCAGGAACAUCCCGCCUCACAUGCAGUGGGAGGUUUUGGAUGGUAUGCUCGCGCAGUAUGGUGCAGUAGAGACCUGUGAACAAGUAAACACUGAUACAGAGACUGCAGUAGUGAAUGUUCGAUACGCAGUUCGGGACCAUGCAAGACUAGCAAUGGAGAAGCUCAAUGGAUCAAUGAUGGAGAACUAUGCCUUGAAAGUGUCAUAUAUCCCAGAUGAGACGGCUGCACCAGAGGGUCCUCCUUCAGGGGGUCGGAGAGGCUUCAACGCUCGCGGACCUCCCCGUGCUGGCUCUCCGGGUUUGGGUGCGCGUCCCAAAGUGCAGUCCGACAUCCCGCUGCGCGUGCUGGUACCCACGCAGUUCGUAGGAGCAAUCAUUGGCAAGGAGGGCGCCACCAUACGAAAUAUCACCAAACAGACCCACUCAAAGAUCGACAUCCAUCGGAAAGAAAAUGCAGGCGCAGCAGAAAAACCCAUUACGAUUCACUCCACCCCUGACGGUUGUUCAAACGCCUGCAGAACCAUCAUGGAUAUCAUGCAGAAGGAAGCAGUUGACACAAAGUUCACUGAGGAGAUCCCCCUGAAGAUCCUUGCACACAACAACUUUGUAGGAAGACUAAUAGGGAAAGAAGGCCGCAACCUUAAGAAAAUCGAGCAAGACACGGGGACCAAGAUCACAAUCUCACCGCUCCAGGAUCUCACCUUGUACAACCCGGAGCGGACUAUCACAAUAAAGGGCUCGAUUGAAGCGUGCUCCAGGGCUGAGGAGGAGGUGAUGAAGAAGAUCAGGGAAUCCUAUGAGAGCGACAUGGCUGCUAUGAAUCUCCAAUCCAACCUCAUUCCUGGCUUGAAUCUGAACGCUUUGGGUUUGUUCCCCAGUGGAGCACCAGGCAUGGGUCCCUCCAUGGCCAACGUCCCGCCUCCUGGAGCUCAUGGUGGCUCGUAUGGAUGCAGUCCUUAUGGGGCUGAGGGGCCAUUUUGGGCUUCUAUGCUGUCGGCAAGCAGCCAGCCACUUGCUGGCCAGCCGGAGUCUGAGACAGUUCACCUGUUCAUUCCUGCGCUUGCUGUGGGAGCCAUCAUUGGAAAACAGGGCCAACACAUCAAACAGCUGUCACACUUUGCAGGAGCCUCAAUAAAGAUUGCUCCAGCAGAAGGAAUGGAUGCCAAGCAGAGGAUGGUCAUCAUUGUCGGGCCACCAGAAGCUCAGUUUAAGGCCCAGUGUCGCAUCUUUGGCAAGCUUAAAGAAGAGAACUUUUUUGGGCCGAAAGAAGAGGUGAAGCUGGAAGCGCACAUCAAAGUUCCCUCUUUUGCUGCUGGACGCGUCAUUGGGAAAGGUGGAAAAACGGUGAAUGAGCUGCAGAACUUGACCUGUGCAGAAGUGGUGGUGCCCAGGGACCAGACACCUGAUGAGAAUGACCAGGUCAUAGUGAAGAUCAGUGGACACUUCUUUGCAUGCCAGUUGGCCCAGAGGAAGAUUCAGGAGAUCCUGGCUCAGGUGAGGAGGCAGCAGCAUCAACAGCAGCAGCAGCCCAAGACGCCAUCGGGCUCCCAGCCUCCGACGCCACGCAGGAAGUGAAGCUCCAGCAAGCCCUGGAAGAACGGCGACUGGAUCCGUCGUGAACUCGAAAAGAUGGACAGAUGCAGAAAAGCUCAUAGGGGGAAAAGAAAAAUGACAGUGGAUCCUAAUGCACAUCUCAGGGGUCAAGGUCAUCGGAACCAAACAUCCACCCCUCCCUGAACAACUUGAUGACUUUAAAGUGGGGGUGACGACACCUUACACCUCUUAAGCUCCACCCACUUCACGUCUCUGCGUCUGCUGCUGUGAGAAUGUACUUUAGAGGGCUUUCGCCAACAUCACCUGCCCUCCGUUCAACCUCCUCCUCUACCCCCCCUCAUGGGUGUAGUUUUUUUUAUUUGGUUCUUUUUACACUAAAACUAUGAGGAAGAAAUACAGACCCCCCGCCCCUUCCCUACACCCCGUUUCUAUCACCCCCUGUGGUGUGGUACCUUAAAGAUGUUUAGGUUGUUUAGAUUUUCUUAAUUGGUUAAAGCUUUCUCACGAGUUUUUCCGUGGAAAGAGAAAAGGCAUUGCUCGGUCCUGGUCGGACCAACAGAGGUUUAGUUCGGGGGGGAGGCUUGGCUCUGGCCAGGUGGGCCACAUUUAGGGGAAACAUUCUUGUUUUAGGACAGGAUCCCUGUGAGGGUUGGUUAUAUAUCAGGCGUCCUGCCCUCGGAAUGAAAGUGGCAUUUUUUUAAAGAGAAAAUUCGGAUGCAUUUUAUAGAUAGACCUAUAUGAAUAGAUCAAUAUAUAAAUAUAAAUACAUAUAUAUAUAUUUAGUAGAGCGGGCAGUGCUGCGGCUGACACUUUUGACGAAUAAGGUGCCGAGCUGCUGCCCUGAAAAACCAAUUUAUGCAUUUUGUUUAACUACCUCAGGAUCUAGUACCUCAGAAGAGAGAAAAAAAAUGAUUAUAUGGAGAAAAAAAAAGUUCCUUUCUUUUUAUUUUGCUUUUGUGGUAUUUUGUAUACUUUAUAAAGCUGAUAGUCUUUGAACAUUUUUAUUUUUUUAAAAAAAAAAUUAAAAUUUCCGGGUCAGCUGCCAACUGACCUUGCCUUCAACUCUGGUGCUUUAGGCGGUAUUGUACAUGUGGAUGUGUGAACAAAGAUGACCCUGUACAUAAAAUUUAUUUGUACAAAGCAGCCUUGGAGCAAGAGUUGGCACCCCACCCGCUCCUCCCCCUCAGCUGGCGGCUGACGGAGAAGUAUAUAGAGAAAAAAAUUGCCUCUGUUUUUUUCCCCACUAACGGUCCACCAUCUUCUUGAAGACAAAAGCAAGUACAGAACAACUAAACGCAUGCAAAAAAGAAAGAAAAGCCAACCGUACAUAUUUGCAGCAAUGCCAUUUAUUUUGGGGUUUCGCUGGUAGUUUUAAUGUCGAAUUCUUUUUGCCUUCUUAUUGAGGGCUGUGGUCAGGAUGCUGCAGCUCCUGACUGUUGUCGGAGCAUCUUUAUUUUUUUUUUCUUCCCUCUCUUGGUCUGUUUCAUUUCUGGGUCAUCUGCCGCUCUAUUGCUAACGCUAUCCUGGUAAGGUUCAAACUCUGCCAUAGUGACGUGGCCAAGUCAUUCAUUUUCUUCUCUUCGUAGUGAGAACAGUGGCACAGAUGGAUGCAUUUUUAUGUUUUGGGCUUGGAGAAAGUGAGCUGUCCUUUCUUUCGCAACUUGAUUAGAUUAUUAUUUUUUGGUUGCUCAUCCAGGGGAAGACAAGUUAAAUGACGCAUAAUUGUGACUGAACCCCCCCACUCGGACAGGAAACAAAAAUCCUAAACAGUCAUUUUAUUUUAUUUUUGUUUCCGUGCCGAAUGUAAAUAUAUAUUGAUUGUGGUCAAGUGCUAGAGUGUAUCUGUGCUUCCACAGUAGAACGCAGUCUACCUCAGCUGAGGGGGGUGAGAGGUGGGGGAGGGAGUUGCUAUGGCACUGGACGCCUCACCCCGCCCCCACUGAGCGCCAGCGCGCACCAAUACCUCAGUACCCCGAACACUUGUUUCUACCUGGGCGCGCCCUUCUGACGUCAUGCUUAACCGAGGGGCACAAGUGAUUCUUAAAAUGAUCCUCCUGAUACCCACCCUCCCCUCAUCCAGUUUGUUUUUGAUCUACCUCUUUAGACACAUAUUUGAAUUGGAGGCAUUCUACCAUUUGUUAGACCCCCAACCCAUCACCCAUCCCUCCCCCCCGCUCCCCGCACACCCACACACACACACUUUUGUGGUGCACCUCCCCAGAAAAGAAAUGAAAAUUUAAAACUAACGAAUUCUGUAGAAUUGAGAAUAAUGGAAAGUGAUAGAAAUGUUUUCUUUUGAUCAGUGUUUAUAUUUACAUAUACUCCUUUUGGCUUUGAGAUCCUCAAUGAUUAUUCCUUUCUGCUUUCUAUUUUUGGUGGUGUGGCUUACAUGUAUUCAAACUUUUUUUUUUUCUUUCUGGAAAAUAAAUCUUUGAUUUUUGCUUUCAGUCUAAUGCAAAAAAGGACCUGUUUUCUUUCCCCUCUUUCAGAUUUAUAAGAUUUAAAGACAAGAAAAUGCAAGUCUGUUUUGUCUUUCACAAGAUGCUACACUCGCUGAUUUGAUGGCAUUUUUCGGUUAGCAUUUCUUGGUUGUGUAAUGUGGAACUUAUUUUUUUGGUAUGGGACAAAUUAGAGGGACUGAAUCUGUUUAUGGAAAAGUGAUCGAUCUUCGGCAUGAUGUUCUCUCCUCCCCCUCUCUGCAAUCGUACUUGUGCCCUGUCACCUCCCCACAAACACACAGCUCCACUUGUCAAAUGCCUCUGAAUAAAAAGAAUAAGAAAAAA